AGGAAUGGCUCCCGAUCCAACUUCUUAUGAUCGAGUUUUCAAAUUUCUUAUUUUCGGAGGCAAAUCGGUUGGUAAAAAGACGUUGCUCCGAUCAUUUUGCACAGAAGGAGAUAAUGAAAGUAUUUGGACUUCUCUUACUGUUGAUGAUGAGAAGGUUUUAAUUGAAGCAACUGUUUCACAAAAAUGGGAAGAAGGAAUGUCAAAAGAGCACGAUGCAAUUGCUCUUGUUUUUUCUACAACUGAUGUAUAUAGUUUCGAAUACACUUUAGAAUUAUACAAUGAAAUUCAAAAAUCGACAGAGAGAAUUCCCCUUGUGUUCAUAGAAAAUAAAAUAGAUAUUGUGGAAGAUAGUCAAAUGGAUAAAGGAUUAGUUGAAGGAGAAAUGAGGAAAAAACAUAAGAGACUUUAUAGAGUGUCAGCACUGAAAGAAUUCAAUGUUAUGCAUCCAUUUGCCUACCUCAUCGAGAAAUUGACACGACAGAAGAAAGAUUUAAACGCGAAUGAGAGCGUUUCAGAAAACAGUCUUCGUCUGUAAAUUCUACAUCAACGUCACCACCAUCUACUACAGUUGAAGCUUGGGUUGAACCGGUUCCCACGGCGACAACAACUUCGGCUCCCGCACUUAAAAAAGAUAAAUGCACACUGAUGUAGUAUUGUUUUUGAGUUUAGAUAUUUUGUUUUUUCUAUUGAACUACGAAAAAUCACAGUUUCUUGAGGUAUUAAUUUUUUGAAACAAAUUGGGCGUUACGGUUUUGAUCUCUUUUUAUUUUCUCUUUUAUGAAAUCACGAAAUAAACCUUUUGAAUUUCU